GGACAACAUACGCAAUGUUUAUUUAGAUUUUUUUUUUCAUGUUAUAUUUUGUAAAGGCAAUUCCCACCGUCAUCACCAUUAUCAUCCUCAACCUCAACAUCAUCAUCAUCAUCCUCAUCCACCUCCUCCUCCUCCUCCACCUCAUCCCAUCGUGGAGCGCCAGUCUGUCGCUCAUCGCUUCCAGGAAUCGAAUCAAGGAGGUUAUUUGAGAAUCCACGGACGGCGUGGCUGCUGUGGACCGAUCGAGGUGAGGUCAACUAUUGCGCAAUGAUGACGGGCAAAUCUGUGAAAGAUGUCGACAGAUACCAGUCGGUGCUGAACUCUUUACUGGCGUUGGAAGAGAAUAAAUUCUGCGCGGACUGCGAAUCAAAAGGUCCUAGGUGGUCUUCAUGGAAUUUGGGAAUUUUUAUCUGUAUAAGAUGUGCCGGUAUUCAUCGAAAUCUCGGGGUUCACAUCUCCAAAGUCAAGUCUGUCAACUUGGACCAGUGGACGCAGGAACAAGUUCAGUGUGUUCAGGAGAUGGGAAAUGCCAAAGCCAGGCGCUUGUACGAAGCAUUCCUACCCGAAUGCUUCCAGCGACCAGAGAGCGACCAGUCAGCUGAGAACUUCAUCAGGGACAAGUAUGACAAGAAAAAAUACAUGGAUAAAGUCCUCGACAUUCAGAUGCUCAGGAAAGAAAAGAGCUGUGAGAACAUCCCCAAGGAACCGGUUGUGUUCGAGAAAAUGAAAAUUAAAAAAGACGUCAGCCCGAAGAUAGACUCUGAAAGCGUUACGGACUUGCUGGGAUUAGAUGCACCUGCUCCAUGUCCUGCAGUGUCCAAUGGUGUUCCAAACAGCAAUGAGAGUCCAGCAGGCGCCAAUUCUGCACAGCCUGCCUUGGAUCUCUUCAGUCACCUCUCAGAUUCUUCCUUGUCCUCCACAAACAACACAGCAGCCUCCACCUUCUUGCCUCAGAGCAGAGUGACCGCCUCUGUGCCUGAAAACCUCAGCCUCUUCUUGGAUCCGGCACCUAGAAAGGCGGAAGGCACAUUCAGGAAGCUGUCCAAGGACUCCAUUCUGUCCCUGUACGGCUCUACACCAUCAGUGCACCAAAGCAGUAUGGCGCCUCCUCACGGCCUGUACAUGAACCAAAUGGGAUACCUGACACACCCGUAUGGUUCUUACCAUUCGUUGGUCCAUGUUGCUGGGAUGGGUGGAACUAUGGCCAUGUCCCAGGGAGCCAUGAUGGGUCAGCAGCAGAACGGCUUGAUGGCAUCUCAGCAUAGAGUGUGCCAAGGCAUGAUGGGACAGCAGCAAAAUGCAAUGAUGGCGCCGCAGCAGAAUGGCAUGAUAGCACAGCAGCAAGGUGGAAUAAUGAUGCAGCAGCAAGGGGCUGGGAUGAUGGGACACCCGCAGGCUGGAGGCUUGUCGUCAUUACCUCAUCAGCAAGUGGCUGGAACCCAGCAGUGGAACAUUGGACAGAUGACUCAGCACAUGUCCGACAUGAACCUGUUCAGUCAUGCUACUGGGAGCACUGCGGCCCCAACUUCAGCGCACAUGACAGCACACGUCUGGAAAUGAAUUGUAUUUGUACUGAAAGGGAACUUAUGAAGCCCUAAACGAGAGCUGUGUGGUUGGGACUCUGCACGAGCUUUUCCGAUGCUAGAAGGAAGGAGGAGGAGACGAGAAUUAGAAAAGUACAACUACCUCUUCCUCCCUCGCCACCCUGCCCAACCCCAGUCCAAUUCCAGCCGCGAACGCCUCGGCCAAACUUAAAAAAUGUCCACACUUGCCUUUGGAACAUUUCGUCAAUGCAGCAACAGGGUCAGACGUGCACAUUUUUAUAACUGAAGGAGAAUAUUUUGCUUUAUUCGUGUUAUUUUUAUGUGCACAACACAGACCCUAGUUUUAUUUGGGACAUUUUGUGUGUUAAUAGUUGUGUUGCAGAUCUUCAAACAUGCCAACAAAAUGUAUCAAUUGUGUAAAAGUUUGAUGAGAAAUAUUUUCAUUUUAAUAGUUUUCCCACUGAAAAAAAAAAGCAAUCUAUUCAGGCUUUGUAUUGAAAGAAAAUCCAGCCAUAUUAAGAGGGUAACAUUGUUAUCUAAGACAACAUCUUUUUAAUAUUUGCACAUACAUGUGAAUGUAUAUGUAAGAGUGUACACAUAUUCUGCAAAAGUAUUCAAGCCCUAAUUUAUUUUUCUCCCAGAAUGAAUAUUAUUGUAUUUCAACGAUUGUUAGUCCAACAUUGUGCACUUGCUGCAGCUAUAAAUUUGCAGCAUAGAAGUUUUAAAAUGGAAGCCGACUUCUCCGGGGUGGUUUAAAGCACGUUAAAUAUGAAUUUGAUUAUACUUCAACCAAAAGUGUGAUUGCUUGAAAAUUUAAAAUUAACCUGUGAACAAAAGAAAGGAUCGUUUCAUGUUCAAAAGCUAUGUAGCACUCAGGCACAUUUAGAUUUAUAACCAGGUGAAAAAUGGUUAAAAUGAUAUUUACCUUGAGGAAAUAAGUAUUUAAACACCCUGCAAUUUUGCAAGUUCUGCCACUUAGAAAUGAUGGGGGGGGGGGUUGAAAUUUUCAUGGUAGGUGAUUGUCCACUGUGAGAGACAAUCUAAAAAUAUAAAAACCCAAAUUACAGUGUAUGGUUUUUUAAACAAUUUAUUUGUAUUAUUCUGCUGCAAAUAAGUAUUUGAACAUCUGAGAAGAUCAGUGUUAAGAUUUGCUACAGCCUUUGAUUACAGUUAAAGCAGUCAAACGUUUCUAUAACUUCACCAAGUUUGCACAGGCUGCAGCAGGGAUUAUGCACCACUGCUCCACACAGAUCUUCUAUAGAUCGUUUUUUUGUUUGUUUGUUUUUUUUUAAUGGGGAAACAGAAGAAAAGGAGAGAGACAGAAGAAGCACAAGCAACAAGAACUGUAACUAACCAUGUGGGGGGCCUAAAACCAAGGAAAGGGGGGGGGGUGUCUGAGAGAUAGCCCCGUAUUUGUGUGAAUCCCUUGUGAGUGUCAGUAUGUUGGCAUCCUAUUCUAUGCUGUCUCAUCGCUAAUCCUGACACCGAGGUUUUCUACUUGAGUGUGUCUAAUUUCACCUAGUCAUGCGUGAGUCCCAUCUAAAAUGUGAUAGUCCCACAGACGAGUGGAGAUGCUGCGUGGGUGCCACCCCAGCCAAUCCGGGGGGGAUGGCGAGCCAGCGAAGCCCAUCCCUCCUUCCACAGCCCAGCAAAGGGGCCAUCGUCACCCCCCAGGGAUCCAGGGUGGUCCCCCGGGCCACCUGCACCCAUAUCAACAUGCCCUCAGGGAUGGGAUAAAGGGACACAACACCCCCCAUGUCCACCCCCAUCCCCGCCCGCCCACCUGGCCCACGAGCCACAGCCGCAUCCCCCCAAGCGGCACGGCACAUCGUGGGACUCCCAAAAGCCCACCGAGCCCAGGGCAGGGCGAUACCCAGCCAACCCACCGGCAUCCAUCCAGCGACCCGCACCGGAGCGUAGGGCAGAUAGACAGGCAGAGAAGAGAGGGCAAGGCGGAAGCAAAAGAAUGCGGAGAAGCCGCGGCAGGGCGUUGCGAGAUUGGAGACCUGACCCCUCCCCCACCCGCUCCAUGGAAUAUUAUGUAUUUGGUGCGAUAAAAGAGGUGCGGGAAGCACUCUAGAUCAAUCAGGCUUCUGGACUGCCAUGGAGAAACGCAGAGUUAGAGCUUCCACCAAAGAUUUUCUAUUGGUUUUGGGUCUGGAGAUUGGCUAGGGCCCUCCAGAACCUUAAUAUGCCUUUUCUGGCUGUCUGCUUCAGGCCAUGUUCAAGUUGGAAGACCCAGUCAUGACCCCUUUUCAAUGCUCUAACUGAGGGAAGGAGGCUAUCCCCCAAAAUCUUACAAUGCAUGACCCUCGUCAUCCUCUCCUUAAUACAGUACAGUUGUCCAGUCCCAUGUGCAGAAAAACAUCCCCAAAGCAUGAUGAUACCACUCCCAUGUUUCACAGGAGGGAUGGUGUUCUUGGGAUGGUGGUACACCUCACUCUUCUUUCUCCAAACAUGAGUGGAAUUAAAACCGAAAGGUUACAUUUGAAUCUUAUAUGACGACACGACUUUCUCCUUUGACUCCUCUGGAUUAUCCAAAGGGUCAUUGGCAAACUUAAAACGGGCCAAGACAUAUGCUGGUUUAAGCAGGGAAACCUUCCGUUCUAUGCAUGAUUUUAAACCAUGAUGUCUUAAUGUAUUACCAACAGUAACCUUGGAUAUGGUGGUCCCAGCUCCUUUCAUGUCAUUGACCAGCUCCUUCUGUGUAGUUCUUGGCUGAUUCCUCACCAUUCUUAGGAUCAUUGAGACCCUACGAGGUAGAUCUUGCAUGGAGCCCCAGUCUGAGGGAGAAUGACAUUCAUGUUUGGCUUCUUCCAUUUUCUAGUAAUUGCUCCAACAGUGGAUCUUAUAUCACGAAGCUGAUUGGCAAUUGCCCCGUAACCCUUUCCAGCCUUGUAGAGUUCUAAUAUUCUGUCUCUGGUGUCUUCGGACAAUCCUUUGGUAUUAGUAAUUGGAGUCAUAUGAUUGUAUGGGGUGGACAGGUGUUUAUAUGCAGCUAAGCGCCUCAAACAGGUCAAAAAGUCUACCUCCACUCCACUUAUUCGUUGGACUUUUUAAAGGCGACUAACAGGUCUAUAAGGCUCACAAUUCUAGCUAAUAGACAGGUAUUCAAAUACUUAUUUGCAGCAGUAUAUUAUAAAUAAAUUGUUUUUAAAAAAUCAAACACUGUGAUUUCUGGAUUUUUCUUUUUUUAGAUUGUCUCUCAAAGUGGACAAGCACCUACCAUGAAAAUGUCAAACCCGCCCAUCAUUUCUAAGUGGGAGAACUUGGGUGUUCAAAUACUUAUUUUCCUCACUGUAAGUCUUUUAAAUCUGAUGAUAAGUUGAGUUCCUACAUGUACAGCCAGGCAGCUAAGCAUCCCUUAUUUUAAUGUACACAAGACUUCCUCUCAAAUCAAUAUCUUGUCUGCAGUACGCGAGAGACCUGAACUAGAUUUUGGCACACACCAAAGAUAAAGACUAGCUUUAUGGGGAUUCCAGUAGGCUUUGUUAUAUCCUGUAUGUAGCCAGUGUGCUGUCAAUUUAUAGUGUGAGAGUUUUGCUCUCAUAGGAUGAAAGACAGGGCAUAACUUUGAGGUGCUUUGUAGGCCGAAAAUAGCAUAUACCUGUCCUCACAUAGAACAAAGGAAUGUUUUUAUGUGUGGGAGACAUUUUUGUUGCGUGUGUGUGUGUGUGUGUAAGCUGUUUUCUUGUGUCUGAGGUUUUUUUUUUUUUUAAUUUUUGGGGUGUACGAGAUCAAUUGCUUAUUUCGGGCCUGUGCAGCACCUCAUACAUGUACAACUUGUUCACUGUGCUACCUCCUGAGCAAGGGCAAGCCACUUAAACGUAACAAUUGCAUGCAGUGACGCUAUGUAAACAUACAUGGCGUUAACUUGUGUAGUCAAAGCCAGGAGUGAUCUGAAUGUUUGUAAAUAAUGUGU